CGGCUCCUGGGUUCAGUCCUGGUUCACAUCUCCCUCCAGUUCACCUCAGUGAUAGACGCUCACCUGGCCUCAGGUCUCCGCAGUAACGCUGCAAGCGUAGCAUCGAAAGUGAAUGUGGACCAUCGGACUGAGACCACCUCCUCGGUGGGUCGGUACGGUUGUGUUUGACCUCAGCCGAGUCUGUCAGGCCUGCUCUGAUGAAGCUUUCUGGAGGGGGAAACGAAGCAGAGUCUGAAACAAGUGGACCAAACAACACAGGUUAGGAAACACCCAGAUGUCCACAUCUGUCAUCAGACGUGGUCACGUGGUUAUCAGCUGGCUGUGUGAUGUCAGUGUCUGUCAGUAGUACGAUGAUGAGGCUCCUAUAAGGGAACAGCACAAGGAAACACAGAGAAGAAAAUGUCUACACCAAGAGAGGAACUACAGGAGGCCUUGUGCCAGUACACCGCAGAUACCCUCAUCUGCAUCCACACAGUGAAAGAAUUCUGUGAUAAGAUCUCCAAAUGGAUGCUUGGAAGGGAGACAGAGUUGAACAUGUUCAUGGACAUUAAAGACAGAACUGACCAAAUUGACCUGGGCAUCGGCCAUGUUACCCAGUCAGAGAGCAAAGGCAAGGCUUUUCUGGAGUAUAUGAAGAGUAAGGUGACCCAAGUGACUGCAGACAGCAGGCGUGAAGAGCUGGAGCAGGAGCUUGCUGGUGUGUUGAAGGACACUCUGGGAGGACUGGAGAAGCUUGACUGCUUCCUGGAUGCAGUGGAGAGGCUGGCGGUCACCUCGCUGCAUGUGUUUAGUGAGGAGAACCGGCUGUUACAUCUGCCCCAAGGGAUCAGUCCUGACACUGUUCAGGUUGGCAUCAUUGCUGCUCGCCAGGUCUGCCCACUCCUCCUCGAGUUCAAAAGAGAUGCAAGCGUUUUCUUCCUUCCCAAACUUCAGAAUGCGGAAGUGUUCGCGUAUCAGUUGGACAAAUACAUCCAGACCACCCAGAACAUCUGUGACAAGUUAGCGAAAUGCUGUUUUGCUCAGUUUUCACUGAAGAUGGCUACGAAUGCUGUGGUAGACCUUGAUGCACAUGUGUCUGAAGAUGACAUACGAAGAAUGCUUUGCCACAUUAAUCAGCUCGAAGAAAUCAGGAAGGACCAGCACUUUCGGAUGGUGUUCUUGUUUCAGGAGAAUUCGUGUCGUCAGUUCAUCAGUGAGUUCGAUGAACGACAGCCCAGGAUGCUGCAGUUUCUAAAUGACCUGGAGGAGAACGCUGUUCAGCUAGACAGGAUGAAUAAAGGCGCAAAGAUCUCUAGUGUGGCAGGAAGCUCAGUGGGGGCAGUUGGAGGUAUUCUUUCCAUCAUUGGUUUGGCAUUAAUUCCUGUAACUGCUGGGGUGUCUCUCGCUCUGACCAUGACUGGGGUGGGGCUGGGAAUUACCAGUGGAGUCAACAGUGCUGUCACCACAGCUACAGAGAUUGGAGUCAACCGCACAUGUCAAAAGAAAGCCAGCGAAACCUUCCAGAGCUUCAUGGAAGAUGUGCAGAUUCUCCAGGAUUGUCUGGAGGAGGCCAUCAACAGGGAAACAAGUGGGCUAGAUGUGGCUGUGGGAGUAGGCAAGGUGUUAGGUAAAGUGUGUCUUCUUGGGAAAGGCAUAGACUCACUUGUUGAUGCUGCCUCUGCUGCUAAGUUGUUGAAAAGUGAAGAGAUGAUAGUAAGUGCUGGCAAGGUGGUGGCCGAGGAAGGUAAAGCAUUGCGUAACGUGCCCAGGUUGGCGUCAGAUGUCCCAGAUAUUGGUCAGGCAGCAGUCAAAGGGCCCCUUGCUCUCACCAAGUCAGCCAGGGCCGGCCUCAUCGCUCUCAAUGCUCUUUUUGUUGGCAUGGACAUCUUCUUUAUCUGCAAAGACAGUGUCAGUCUGGCCAAAGGCAACGAGACUGAAGUCUCAAAGUUCAUCAGAGCCAGAGCUGCACUUUGGAGCUCAGAGAUGAGCUCGUGGCAGAAGAUCCACGAUUCACUGAGUCAGGGUCUGCUGACAUCAGAGAAAAAACAAAUUACCCUGGAGACGCCAUUUGAGCCGGAGAUGGAGAUCAAGAAAGAAAAAGAACCAGAAAUGGAGUUUCCAUCUGAUGAAGUGGAUGAAAAAGUGAAAGAAAAAGAGCUUUGUGUAAUACAGUAGAACCAACUUCCAAAGUGUUUUCUUUUUGCCAACUCUGACUAAUGUAAUGUUUAAUGUAAUUAAACUUUGUUGAAAUGCAUUAAAUCUAUACAUUUGAUCAAGAAUGACAAUAUGCCAAAAAUAAAAAAUACCACUUAUAACACUAGAGUUACCGUUUGCUACCAUGUCCAGUGCUCCAGUGCAUGUUUUACCAAAUAAAGAGAACCCAUUGCUUACAUGAGAUUGUAUUUGAGCCUUAUCUGCUUCAAACAUUAGACACCAAGUAGCCAAAAUAAAUGUGUUUUAAUGUUAGUUGUGUCUUCAUACACUGGAGCAGGAGCCUAAGCGUCUUUCCAGUUUUUGAGAUAUGGUGUUUAUUUACUGAACAGUUGUAGCAUCACUUUUGCAUUCAUCUGUAAAUAAUUACUAAUAAUACUGUAUUUUUGCACUUCUGCAUACUAACGCAAUUCCAUUGACUUUGUACCCUUACUGCAUAACGACAAAGUUGAAUCUAAUCUAUUGUUUUAUAAAGUGGAAGCAGUUUUCCAAUUAUGUGUAUACA